AUGGAGGGCAUUGAUCUCACCAAGGCCGUGUUGAACAAGGGUAAACAGAUGGCCAGUGUCGCUGCCUCCGCUGCCAAUGGCAACGGCGGCAAGAAGAGGAGAAAGGGCACCGAUUUAAAGCCCAUCGUCACUAAUGAUGGAAAGUCGGGCGAAACGGGCGAAGCCACAGAAUCAAGCGGUGCCGCGCCAAAUUCAAAGUCUACCGGAGCGCCGGGGUCGCGCUCACCAUCGACCUCAUCGGCCGACGAGAUUGAAACCACCGCCGAGGAGGAGGAUUCCGAGGACUAUUGCAAGGGUGGGUAUCACCCAGUGGCCGUGGGCGAAACCUACAACGAGGGGCGCUACGUCGUCGUGCGCAAGCUUGGGUGGGGCCAUUUCUCGACCGUCUGGCUGUCCAGGGACACGACCACGGGCAAACACGUUGCGCUGAAGGUCGUGCGCUCCGCUGCCCAUUACACCGAGACCGCCAUCGACGAGAUUAAGCUGCUCAACCGGAUCGUCCAAGCCAAGCCUUCUCACCCAGGUCGCAAGCAUGUCGUGAGCCUGCUGGAUUCGUUCGAACACAAGGGUCCCAACGGUGUCCACGUAUGUAUGGUGUUUGAGGUACUGGGUGAGAACUUGCUGGGGUUAAUCAAGCGAUGGAACCACCGGGGUAUCCCCAUGCCUUUGGUCAAGCAGAUUACCAAGCAGGUAUUACUGGGAUUGGAUUAUCUACAUCGGGAGUGUGGUAUCAUCCAUACUGAUCUCAAGCCGGAGAAUGUGUUGAUUGAGAUCGGCGACGUUGAACAGAUCGUCAAGGCCCAUGUGCAGCAAGAAGAGGCCAAGAAGGCGGAGGAGAAGCAGAAAGAGGACAAUCGGAAUGGACGGCGACGUCGGCGCACACUGAUCACGGGCAGUCAACCACUGCCGAGUCCGUUGAACACCAGCUUCAGCAGCUUCGACUUUAAACACAGCUCUUCCAAUUCGCACAGCAGUUUGAGCCAGAUGGUGAACGAUCCGACACCAAAUGAGCCCUCGAUGAGGGAGACACUUGGGAUUAAAGAUGAGGAUGAGCAGCAGAAGACGCGAGAGAAGACAACCGAUCUCCUGGAGAGAGAAGUGUCUAGUAUUUCUCUCGACAAGAGCUCAACAAAGUCCCUCGAAGAGGAGAUCGACGCUAGCAUUAUCUCCGUCAAGAUUGCCGAUCUGGGUAACGCCUGCUGGGUUGGACAUCACUUUACCAAUGACAUCCAAACACGGCAAUACCGGUCGCCAGAGGUUAUACUUGGCGCGAAAUGGGGCGCGAGUACGGACGUGUGGAGUAUGGCGUGCAUGGUCUUUGAGCUCAUCACUGGCGACUACCUCUUCGAUCCGCAGUCCGGCACUAAAUACGGCAAAGACGACGAUCACAUUGCCCAGAUCAUCGAGCUGCUCGGUCCGUUCCCGAAAUCCCUCUGUCUCUCCGGUAAAUGGUCGCAAGAGAUCUUCAACCGAAAGGGCGAGCUGCGAAAUAUUCACCGUCUGCGCCACUGGGCCCUACCCGAGGUUCUUCGCGAGAAGUACCACUACAGUGUCGAAGAGGCCCUGCGGGUCAGCGAAUUCCUCUUGCCCAUGCUGGACCUUACCCCAGAAAAGCGCGCCAAUGCCGGUGGCAUGGCCUCGCAUGAGUGGAUACAGGAUACACCUGGCAUGGACGGGAUCAGUCUAGGCAUUGCCCCCGGGACACGGGGCGAAGGGAUUGACGGGUGGGCAUCCGAAGUCAAGCGGCGCUAG